AUGGCAAACACUUUCAAUAUUGUGUGGUCCGGUCCCAAGUUAGAUGGGAAACUCAAUUAUAGUUAUUGGGAGACUUUGAUGUCUACCCAUUUGAAGGCCCAAAACCUAUGGAACUUCAUUGAACCGGCAAAUGCCAAAAGUGCAAAAGAAGCAUGGAACACGUUGAAGCUGUCAUACAAAGGUGUAGAUAAAGCUCAGAAAGCAAAGCUACAGUCUUUGAGAAGAGAAUAUGAAAGGUACGAGAUGUCUAGUUCAGAAAUUGUUGAACAAUAUUUUACUCGUGUUACAGACCUUGUCAAUAAGAUGAGAGUCUAUGGAGAAGAUAUGCUCGAUAGCAAAGUGGUGGAGAAAAUUCUUCGCACCAUGCCGAUGAAGUAUGACCAUGAGGUAACUACGAUACUAGAGUCCCAUGAUAUGGAUACUAUGACGAUUGCAGAGUUGCAAGGAACCAUGGAAAGCCACAUCAGUAGAAUACUGGAGAAGUCAGAAAAAUCAACCGAGGAAGCCCUGAAAAGCCAAGUGAAUUUCAACAACGUUGCAGAAUCAAGCCGUACACAAGAAAGACGAGGUCGUGGUUUUAAUUUUCAAAAUAGAGGCAAAGAAAGUUUCAGAGGUAGAGGCCGUGGCAAUUACAACCAAAGAAGUUACAAUAAUUUUACACCACCUAAUCAAGGAAGAGGUGGAACGAAUUUCAGACUUGUCAACCGAGGAAGAGGUCGAGGCAAUUUUUAUCAAGAAAUAACCAAUUUCAAUUGUUUUCAUUGUGGAAAGUAUGGACAUAAAGCAGCAGAUUGCAGAUUCAAAAUGAUGAAUAAUAAUCAAGCACACGUUGCAGAAAAUCAGCAUCAAAAUACUGAUGACAAUCCGGGUACUCAUACUUUAUCUUUUACAAGUAAUUCAUGUGAUGAAGAUGAAAAUAUAUGGUACUUGGAUAAUGCUUGCAGUAAUCAUAUGUCUGGUAGAAAGGAGUUAUUUUCUUCAUUAGAUGAUUCAGUUAAACUAUUAUUGAAGUUUGGUAAUAGUACAAAGAUCUCUAUUGAAGGAAAAUGGCACAUACCAAUUAAAUUGAAGGAUGGUUCUCUAAGUUAUAUUUCUGAUGUUUUCUAUACUCCUGAACUUGAUUAUAAUUUACUGAGUAUGGGACAAUUAUCUGAGAAGGGAUAUAAGAUGAUAACUUAUCAUGGAUAUUGCACUUUAUUUGACAACAAUGGAAGGUUCAUUGAUAAAGUAAAGAUGACUUCAAACAGAAUGUUUCCAUUAAAAAUUCAACAUGUUAAUCCCUCUUGCAUGAGUUAUGUGAUACUUGAUGAUAACUGGUUGUGGCAUAUGCGGUUUGGGCACUUUCAUUUUUCUGGCUUAAACUACCUGUCAAGAAAAUGA